GUGGCCAGCGCGCGCGGCGGCCUGUCCCGGCAUGGCGGAGCUAGGGGCGGGGCGGGGGCCCCCGCCUGCGGCGUUUGACAGACUGGUUGUCAGGAACGCGUCCGGACACCACUACCUGCGGGUUUGCUUAGAGUUCCAGGAAGGUGGGAUUCGACUGAAUGCUGCUCAUUUCAAGCAACUGGUUAUUUCCGCACUGAAGGAGUUACAUGGGGAGGUUGGUGCAGCCUUGCCUGUUGAUGUCUUAACAUAUGAGGAAAAAACCCUGUCUGCAAUACUAAGAGUUCCCAGCAGUGGCCUUGUCAAGCUGUGGAGUGCUCUAACACUGCUGGGCUCCUACCAGAACAGGAAGUGUGCUUUCAGAGUGAUACAGACCUCUCCAUUUCUCCUUGCGUUAUCUGGGAACAGCAGAGAACUCCUACUGGAUUGAAUACACCGGAGACGUGGUUGGGCUGUAAGAAGCAGAAGUUGCUCAAGAUGUUGGCACUACUCAGACCUAGAAUUUUUGGU